AUGUCGUCACCGCCACCCAACGAAGACAACAAUCACAGUGAUCAACCCCUCCCUUCUACAGAGGAGACCCAAAUUCAGAAUAAUGAUCGAGCACCAUCACGUAACUCGCCACUUCCAUCCAUAUCAUUCUCCAUCAGUAUACCCCGCCCUGCACAUUCACCCGCUCCGACACCUGGUGCUGUAGAUGGUCAGGAUCAGAAUCAGAAUGUUAAUCAGAACCAACAGCCUUCAGCGGAAGGAAGUGGUGCUCGGCCGAAUGGCGUUGCUCCUUUAGGACCCUCGGCAGCCUCAUCGUUCUUUUGGACGUUCACCAUACGUCCUGACGAUGGACCUGCUCCUGCUCCUGCUUCUGCUCCUGCUCCUGCUCCUGCUCCUGCUCCUGCUCCUGCUCCUGCUCCUGCUCCCUCAACAAAUCCCAGUGAUGCACCGGGAGGAAACACUUCUACAAAUCCUCCCGAAGGCACCUCUAGUGGAGAGGGAUCCGAUGGUCAGGCCCAAUCACAUCAGCAGCAGCGGACGACCCUUCCUCAAGCGCCACCUUGGAUCUUUCCUCCAUUCCUUAACUUCUUCUUACCCUUACGAACGGAACCCCAACCCAAUCCCGAGAAAGCAGCUGAGCUGUUAAGAUCUCUGCCAACCGUCGGAAGGAGAUUGUUGAUGAGGGUGGACAGGAUCGUAGCAGCUCAGGAGACGGAUGUUCUGCCCGAAGAGAAAGGUUGGAAAUGUGGUGUUUGCUUAGAAGGGUUGAAUACUGAAGAAGAAGAUGGACAGGACAAGGGAAAACAGAAGGGGGAUUCGAAUGAGAUGAAGGUCGACGAAAAUACCGAAGAGCAAAAGGAAAAGGAGAAUGGGACUGGUGUAAAAGCGUUACCGUGUAAUCAUCUGUUUCAUGAAAAAUGUUUACAACCUUGGUUUACGACUAAACACACUUGUCCGUCCUGCCGACUUGAUCUAGAUCCUCUCCAAACCCUCAACUCCCCAUCUACCCAUACGGAUACCACCAGACCGGGUCAAACAGGCUCAGGCCGACGAUCACCUCAUCCGUACGCAAGAGAUCGACCAGCCAAUGCAUCCGCAGAGAACACAGCUACGGCCGAAAGCAACGCCGCGCAGGACCGUAACGCUGGAGGAAAUACACACCCAGAUCCGUUUAUCCCAACUUCAGGGCUGUUCCCCUCGGUCGGAAUAUCCGGUAGUGGUUUACAAGAAGAGGAUGACAGGCCAUCAAUCACAUUUAUCUUUUCUGGAUCGCCACCUCCCGGACUCAAUUUACCUGGUAUGCCUCCUCGUCCUGAUAUCCAGUCCAACGAUUCUGCAACCCCACAAGCGCAAUCCGCGAAUACAGCUACGUCAGAACAGCAACCUGCGGCUGAAAACCGUGAAAGCGGAACCAACAAUCCAGAUUCAGCUCAACCUGCUCCUUCGACUCCUGGUUCUGGAUCUGUCUUCGAUGUUCCUACGUUUUUCUCGUCUCCACUUCCAAUGGGUAGUAGAGCUAGUCCCAGUCCUGCUCCCGACUUACCCCCUUUGGUCAAUCCAGUCCCACACAUCGUAUCGGCAUCUGUGCCCCCUCCGUCCACUUCUCAGUCGAACGCAUCCCCCUUGAUACCUUCACCUGCUGCUUCGACGAACGCCAACACUACUGCCGAAGGGGAUAGACCCAGACCGGAGCGUCGGCCACACAUCACUAUCAUCCGGACGACGUCGCCUUCCCCUGCACCAGGUAGACCAUCAGGAGGUUCGGGUCUAGGAAACCUACCUUUGCCUCCGUUCCUCUUUCCCACAAUGCCACCAGGGUUUUUGGGUCCUCAUCCCAAUCUUCCAGGUCAAGGUCAAGGCAAUGUCCCCGCUGCUCAGAAUGCAGCUGGACCCAUCCCAGCACCAGCACCGUUUGUUCCUCAAUCACUCGAAUCAUGGACUGAAGAAAGAGAGAAAAGUCUAGGAUGGAGGUGUGAUGCAGUGGAAUGUAUCUAUGCUCCGCCCUCGGCCGAGGAUGAUGAGGAUGUGAACAUGACACCUGAAGAAGAGGAUGAAGGCGAAGAAGGGGAUAACGAGAUGCUGUCGAUAUAUUCAACCUUACAACCUCCUCUUACAGAUGAACAGAAACAAGAAGAGCAGAAAGAUGGGAGUGGGAAAUCUGUUUUAUUGGCUUGUCAACACAAAUGGCAUAGGAAAUGCUUAGAACUAUCUGAACGAUCUUGUGGGAGAUUACAUGAUAGAGAUGGUGGGGAUGGUAGAGUCUGGGUUAGGUGUGAGAAAUGUAGGAAAGAUGGAUGGGUUAAAACCAGAACGAAAUCGAGGGACAACAGUACGACCGAAAUGAAAGAGAGUGAGGAAAGACGUAACAAAGAUGAUCAGGAUGACGAUGAGGAUGAUGGGUAUGCUCCUAGUGAGAGGGAAGUGGAGAAUUUGGUUAAUUGUUAA